AUGUCGAGGUCGACAGACAGUGCAGCCCAAGGCCUCGGAAAUUCUGAGUUGCCACCCCAGGAAGGGCAAGAGAUAGAGGACCAGCUUACUCAGGAGCAGUUGGAUGAAGAGUUACAAAAUGAUGUUGAUGUAAUGCUUACUGAAGAGGAUGUUCAUGAGGAGGAAACUAGAGAGACUUUUGAAGGUGAAGAAGAGGAGGAUGAGGACGAGAGCUCAUCCUCGGGGGGAUAUGUAAGUCCCGACGAUCCUCACCCAACAGAACCCAGACGGAGGCCAACAGAGGAUGAGUUGGACCCUGAUUUUGACAUGACAUCAGAGCGAGCAGGCAAAGAGGAACAAAUACCACCCUCGCUAGGCCCCGGUGGCUACAAGGGUAAACAGGACAAGUUUCAAAAGUUGGAUGCAGCGGCUGAGGCUUCGGAGGAUCCAAAGAUGCAGAAAUUAGUGAAGUGGAAGACACGUGUGAAGCAAUGGAUAUAUGCGAGGAGUGUUGAUUCAUCGGCCCUUAAGUUUGCUGAGCCAGACACCGAAGAGGCAGUAUCGAGGAUACUAAAAUAUGCUGAAGACUCAGAGAAGGGCACAUUCACCCCUUCUAGAGAGAAGGAUGAGCUGAGCCUUGGCUUGGGAAACGCCGAGCACACCGGCCGCACCAGAGGUCUAGGAAAAUAG